UGACUGUUGGAUCCAUAGGACAGGUGCAUUAAAAACCUCCUCAGAUCCUGUAAAACUGUCAGGAAUGAGUCAGUGCUCUGCCAGGCCUCAUUGUCUUAUUCUACCUCCGGGCUUCUCGGUUUUCUGGGGUCGCACUGAUAUUUGACCACUUUGGUAACAGGGAUCAAACAAGCACUUGUAACUGCAUCUAUGAACACAUUCUAGGCAGAGCGGUUUAGGGCGCAGGAAAAGGGUGGAGCCGCAGGGAUCGAUCUGAACCCGAAGAGCCGCAGGAGGAAAUGGAAGGAGAUGCGCUCUGAAUCUGCGGUUUCUCCACCGCUGCAGGAUGCCUUUAGGGUCUCAAUUUUCCUUCGCAUCUCCCGCUUUGCUCUCAGGUUUAAUCAGUGAAGGUAAAGUGCUGUCAUGAGGCGCACCGCUCUGGCAUUUCCGCGCGUGCAGCCCUCACCGCGAGCUGCGCGUAAAAGCGAGUGGCUCCGCAGCGCCCUGGCGCAUCAUCACUGCCCCGAUCCAGGAGCCGAAAACGAAAUAGUGGUCCUCGCCACUGGGAUGGAUCAGUACCUGCAGGAGGUCUUCCACCACCUGGCUCACCCCAACCAGGAGGAUACUGUGUCCGCGGAGGACUUCAAGGCUCUUUGCGCUGUGCUGGGACUUCCCGCAGAGACAAGGACGCCCAAAGCAGAGGAUGGAAGCGGAGAUGGUGGAGUAGACCUGCAACAGGAAGACUUUUUGGACGUUUGCGCAAGUUUACCCCACCAGCUGUCCUUUAAAGACUUUCACUCGCGGCUCUGUGGGUAUUUCCGUGUGCGCAGUGCGCCCGCAGUCAGCGGAGACUGCGUCUGGCGUCUGCCGGUGUCUGAGGACACGGAGCUGGUGGAGAGACAGAUCCGACUCCGCUGGCCCCGCGUCCGGCAGAGGAAGUGUGUUAGUUUCGAUUUGAGCAGAGAUCAGACUGGAACCAGGAGCAAAUCCACCAAAAAGGGAACCAUGGAGGACCUCCGAGACCAAGAUGAGGUGGCUGCUCUCAGAGAGCUGGUUGAGGACCUCCGCUCUGCUCUGCAGGGGAGCGAUGCUCGCUGUCUGGCCCUUGAAGUGGCCCUCAGACAGGAGAGGAGCCAGACGCUCACUGCCCCCUUUACCCACAGCGCCUCUGUUUCCACUCCUAAACCCUCAGGGAGCCUAAUGCGGGCAAAGCUGGUGCCAACUGACAGACUUAAACAUCAGCCUGGGGUUCAACGGGAAGACGGAACAAGGAGCGGACAGAGGAGGUGGGAUAUCAGGGACCCCAUACUGAGGGAGCUAAAGCUGAUUCGAUCCUCACGGGAUGGGCAGCUAGAGGAGGCCAUCAAAUUCAAUGAGCGCUUGGAGGAAGAGCUGCAAUGGGCUUAUCAGGAGGUGCGCAAGCUGCAGGGGGUGGAGUCCUCCCUGAGGAAGGAGAACAACCAGAUCAGGAGGCGGGCAGAGGAAGCUAGAGAGGCUCUGAGUUUGGGGCUGCAGAGGGUCCGGCUGAUUCAGGAGCAGGCCCAGUCUGUGCCGCGGCUCCAGUCCAAAAUCAGCAAGCUAGAGAGCGAGCUGCUCCGGUACAGCAGAACUGGCUGCACAUGCCUCUCUGUCGCCGCAGGUCGAUUAUCUCAACCUGAGGAAUUAUUUGAUGCUGAAUGUCUGCAGAGGGCAGUAGAGGGGAGAGCUGCCUCUGAUGAAGAGGAAGAUGACAGGGCUCUGAAGAAGAAAGAACAGAGUUUCUCCUUAGAGGAGAAGAGGAACCUUUCACACAACCAUGGCUGUGGUGACGGAUGUCAGAGUGACGUCCACCAGCCUCCGUCUCAGAGCUCCUCAGAGCAGGAAAAGCAAACCAGCACAUCUGCAGAUGCCAGAGCGUGCUGCAGCUGGACUGAACCAAAGCAAGGGAGGAAAAAUGGAUGUGGAGCCUUCACAACGGUAAAGAGAAAGUGGAGAAAGUUUGUUUUACUUUGGUUACAUGAACAGAGUUUGUCUCCCCAGAGGCCGGAUGAGGAGGCCGAGAAGACACGUCUGUCUUUGCUAGAGGACAAACUGACAGAUUCACUCAGCCUGCUGCUGCAGCUCCGUAAUAAGAAUGUGUCACGAAGGGUCCUGGAGAAGAUGGUGUUGGACAGCCUUGACGUGUGCCGUAGAGGAGAAGCUGCUCCACCUCCUCACAUGCAGGCCGCUGACGCCCUCAGCAUCCACCUGACCUCCAGUGACCUUACCAAAAGCAGAGGGCCGGAGGACAGGGGAGAAGGCCACAGUGGGAAGAAACAUCUGCUUCCACCUUCAGGGUGUCAAACUAGCAACUCUCUGCUCAUCUCUGGUUAAAAAGCUCAUCUCUGUUACAGCUGUUUAAGUAAAUCCAUUAUUAGCUGUUUUACCAUUUACCCUUUGAUAUACACAUUUAUUUAAUUUAAAUUGUACUUCCAUUUAGCACUUGUGUGGACCUAUAAAAAAAUAAUGUGUAUUGUUGUCUAGUCAUGUUUUGGGUUGCAGAACAUCAGAAUAACCUACCUCAAUAAUUUGCUGCUCAGUCAAUAAAAGCAUCUUUUCAUAAAA